AGCACAUUUAAAGAUCUUAGAGGUAGGCUGUUGUUAAGGAAUGCAAAUAGUGUUUAAACAAGGUAAAAUUAUGACAACCUCUAAGCCUUCACUUAUACAAACACUACUUUGAUUCGCAGUUUAAAAGCUGUUUUUUUUUUAACCCAAUUCAACCACAUAUUAAUAUCUGCAAAGUAAUCACUUUCUCAGAUAAGAAUCAACCGGACAGGUUUGUGGAUAUUGCUAGCUGGUUGCUGUUGAGUUUUUUUUUUUGUUUUUCCAAAAAAAUUUUUCUUUUUACGCAAAGAAGCUGCAAGUUUACGGUGAAGCCAGUUGUCCCAUCGGAAGAGGGGAGGGGAGGGCUGGUGUGUCCCAGCCCUCUGCAUCCAGCUGGUGCGUCGCUCCGCUGCAGUAGCGCGCCACAUUCACUAUGGCUUUAGCCGCAAGCAGGACGCUCUUGGCGCUAUUCGUUACGUUUUGCGCACCAGGAUGCGGAUGGACAGCAGAGAAGCCCCUGCGGACACACAAUGGGAAACAGACCUCUGUGGACAGGGGCCUGAGGGAGAGCUGGGAGCCUUCUAUCCAUCUGGAUGGAAGACCUGUGGACCGCUUCGUAAUCAGCUCCAACAAACCCACGAGAUCUCAUCGCUUAACGAAAGCGGGCAAGGAUAGUCGCCCACAUCUAAUGGAGGAUGUAGACCCUGAAUGGGUUAAUCUGGAUGGCUUUGCCGUGUUGGGCGGUGCACCUGUCACCAACUCAUCAGCAGCAACAGAUCCAGUCAGGUCUUCACAAACUGCAGCCAGAAAUCAGCCCUCCGUACAGCGGGCCACCAGAGUGGACAGAACAGCUCACCCAUCGGGCGUCUCUAAUACCCGGACACACAGGAGGGCGCCUCAAUCCUCCUCAGGUCCCAGGCAGCCUGAAAGAGCUUUGGCCGGAACCCCGCUGUUGGAAAGGAGACGUCAGCACCACACCAAGCCUCAGUCAGAUCAGAGGAACCGAAACACAGCCAAACUAACAUCUGAGUCGGUUCAUGUGGUGUCACUGCAGGCACAGAAAGCCCAGGGCCAGAGCGCACCCGCCAACAGAGCAGUCGUAACCAAAACAACCACACCAGAGCCACCAGAGUACGAGGCUCGGGACAUCAGUGUCAGGGUCAUGUCUCCUCAGUCUGUCCUCAUCUCCUGGGUUGACCCUGCGGUCGAGAUGGGGAAAGUCGCCCCCGGGGCAUCCAGAUCCUACGCAGUUAGGUACAGGGAGAAGGGCGAGUCAGCACGCUGGGAGUACAAGGACAGCACCCAGAGGAGAAUGAUGAUUGACACCCUGUCUGCUGACGGCAUGUAUGAGUUCUCUGUCAGAAUCUCCCAGGGAGAAAAUCAUGGCAAGUGGAGCGUCUCUGUCUUUCAGAGGACCCCUGAGUCAGCACCAUCUGGACCACCGGAGAACUUCGAGGUCAAGCCACUGCGAGGGAAAGGAACUGCUGUCAUUGCAACAUGGGAUCCACCUGAGGAACCCAACGGGAGGAUAAGAGAGUACAUCCUGUCUUAUGCUCCUGCUAUGAAGCCGUUUGGAAUGAAAAGUGUGACGCACCGUGGCAGCAGCAACACAGCCACCGUAGAUGGCCUCACACCAGGAGACCGGUACAUCUUCAAGAUUAGAGCCACCAAUAGGAGGGGACAGGGACCACAGAGCAAAGCCUUCAGUGUUGCCAUGCCUGGAUCCAUCAGCACUGCCUCGUCGUUCUCAAAAACCAAAGACACCCGCAGGACCGGCCACACUCCUUCCAAACAGGAUACUGACCAUGAUGAGUCUGACCUCUUGUCAACAGAGGAGCCAGACACACCCCCACAGCCACGCCCUGCUGCACCUUUCAACAGGCCCGUACGCCCGCUUUCCCAGACACGCUCCUAUCACAGCAUCUUCUCCUCUGUAAGAGGCUCAGUCAGGAACACAGCCAACAGAGGUUCAUCCAGAGGAAGAACUCAAGAUAGAGAAGAUGAAGAGCAAGACGAAGAGCCCACAACCCCCCCUCCAGUAGAAGAGACAACAACCAUGGAGGUUGUACCGGAGACAGAAGAGCCAGACAACGAUGUUUCCCCUGAAUCUGAGGAUGAAGAGGGAUAUGGUGAAGAGCCCCAGACUACUGAGACCCCCAGCCUCAAAGUUUUGACGCCCUCACCUACUAAACCUGCUCGCCCAGCCAGAAGGCCCAUUAAGAUCAGGGUCCAUCAAAAACCUGGAUCCAAGGCUGCUUCUUCCUCCUCCUCCUCCUCCUCCUCCUCCUCAUCUUCUUCAUCUUCUUCUACAUCCUCCUCCUCAUCUCCUGCCACUUCCUCCUCCUCCUCCUCCUCCUCCUCCUCCUCCCCCUCUUCUGAUUCCUCCUCAUCUUCUUCUCCCUCUACCUCCUCGUCAUCCUCACCUUCUUCAACCUCAUCAUCAUCUUCUUCACAUAUUCAAGAGUCAGCAGUCAGUAGAAAGGACAAUGUAGCUUCUUUAUACCCGGAAAACAAAGACACCUACGAUAAGGCGAGCAUAGCACACAGCAAACCUUCAACUCCAGUUGUAAUAAAAACUGAUUCACCGCAGUCUGGGGCUACACCUGUACGUAGGGGUUCGGCUUCAGGAGGGCGCACCAGUGGGUCUGGUUUUGGUUCUAGAUAUGGUUACAGCCGAAGACAUCCUGGAAUUUUGGUUAGAGGGAAUUCAACCCGAAUGCUGAAUGGUUACAAACCCGCCAUCACCUCACAGUCAAAUCUACCAAGCAGAGCUCCAAACCAAGCAGCAACAAACACACGUUCUUCAGCAACAUCACAAUCCACUGUUCCAGACAGGACUCAAAACCACGAAACAUUGCAUACGUUCAAUCCAACGGCAUCAAAGCCAACUUCAGGAAGUGCUUCAAACAGCCAAGCAACAUCCGGUACAUAUAAUUUCGACAAGUCACAGUCCAGGUCACAGUCCAGGUCACACGGCUCUGCGACGCCAGAUACACACAGCUCAAGCGCUAAUCCAUCCACUUCACAAAGCAGCUCACAGCACCCAUCCACUGCAGGAUCAGGCUCUUCUCAGUCAACGUCACAGGGAGGAUCUCACAGCUCUGCAACUUCACACAACACACACAAUUCAGAGAGUUCACACACAUCGCCUGAGCGAGACACAGCAUAUGGUGAGGGAGGUGAUGCCAAUAGAAAUAAAAACACAGAUACAGAAACAAGCGAAGUUGAAGAGCCUACUUCAAGCUCUAAAAGACAACCCACAGAAGAGCAGGGAAGGGAGGAGGAGGGAAGGGAGGAGAGGACUAAUGUAAAUCCCGGGAGUUCUCGUACCAGAAUUAGCUCCUCAUUUGCCGAAAGAUUCCCUUGGCUAGCUAGUCGUUAUCCAGGCCGGUUCAAUUCAGGAACAAGGACGUCAUCUUCCAGGCAGGAUGGUAGGACCCCAUGGACCAGGACUUCUUCCUCUGUAGGGGCUGGCAGACCCAUCAUGAGGGGAACAUCCACUAGGGUGUCAGGGGCCACGGGUGCUGCCGGAGUGUCCUCAUUACAGGAGACCAGUGAAGAUCUGAAGACUCCUUCCACUCAUGAUUCACUAAAGAAUGGGGUUGGGGUGGGCUCGGUUAAGCCUUCUGUGACCGAUAAAAGUUCAGCAUCUAUUGACACUAGAAACCCAACUACCUCAUCCUCCUCCUCCUCCUCUUCUUCUUCAGCUUCCUCUUCAGCAUCCACGUAUCCAAAUUCUCAUCAUUCCUCAGGUGGACACAGAGACUCAAGUGAGCCCAUUCAUAGAGGAACAUCUGAUGACACUGAUAGCAGUCAUGGUAAGGACUAUGAUGAUGAGAGGAGUAGAGAAAUUAGUGGGAAAGUUGCAGACCCCACAGUCGCCCAGAAGAAUCCUGCUGUAACAUCAGCUGACCCUGACAGAAACGCAGAGGACAACGAGAGUGUGGAUACGAGGGAAACUCCUUCGCGGACCAGGACCGGCACAUCUUUUGGAAUCACACCGACUCACCGUCGACCUGGCGUAGGGGUGAAUGGGAGGGUACGCUCUCCUCUGUUGGCUAGCAGGCAGUUUGGUGGGUCCAGGCUUCCCAUCAGACCACAACCAGCACAGAACUCAAGGCUGGGUUCCUCAACAUCAGGAUCAUCCUCAUCGUCGUCUGAUUCCUCUUCUUCAUCAAAUUCACCCCAGACAGCUUUGACCUCAGAUCGCGAAGCUGGCACUGGCACUACUGUGACGAGGACAGGGGGAAUAAUUGGAGGAAACUCUCCUUCCACAUCGUCAUCUUCAUCAUCCUCAUCAUCAUCUUCAUCUAGAGACAGUUUUAGGGGACAGGGUGGAAGGCCUCGGUAUCCUAUCUCCAGAGGGAAACCAACCAAUGGAGGAGCAGUCAAACCUGCCAAUGGAAAUGGUAAAAAUGGGCGGCCCAACCUGACAGCAACAGACGAUAAAGAUUCCUCCUCCUCUCAAGGAAUCAGUAAAGCUGUUGGUCAAAGAUUUAUCACUGGACCUGAUGGAACCAAAUGGGUGGUAGAUUUGGAGCAAGGGGUUCUCAUGAACCAGGAUGGACAAGUUCUCCAGGACUCCAAUGGCAAACCCAAGAGAGUGGUGCUUGGCGAGGAUGGACGCACAAUUUUUGACCACAUGGGCAGUCCUCUGGUGAACCAGGAAGGUAUGGCUCUGUUCGGCCAUGGCAGAGAUAGCCGGCCUGUGAUCAACCCCAAAGACAAGGUCCUCAUGGUUGGAGGGAAACCUGUACUUGGCUUGGACCUGCCUCACCUCAGGACUUCCACCACCACCACCACCACCGCAACCACCACCACCACUACUACCAUGGCUCCUACUACCACACCUGAACCCACCACCACCGAAUGGCCAGAGGAGACUAGCACUGCACUUCCAUUCCCAACCUGCCCACCUGGAACCUUCUCCAAAACAGAUGAAUAUGGGAAUCCAGUGCUGGAUCCAGAAGGAAUAUUGGACUGUUAUCCAGAAGAGGAAUCAUCAGGAAUGGAAAUGGACCACAUGGUUACAGUGACCGUGGUGCCUGAUGCUUUAGCUCUUAAGAAAGAUGAGCUUUUUGUCCAGACCACCCUGCCGCCGACCACCACCACCACCACCACCACAACAACAACAACCCCCACCACCACAGAGAUGGCAACUCCGCCGCCACGCGCCAGACCCAUGAACCAAGGCCCUUCAUCUGAGUUUGACCUCAGUGGGAAGAAGCGAUUCACAGCUCCCUAUGUGAACUACAUCCGGAAGGACCCAGGUGCUCCUUGCUCCUUGACAGAGGCUCUGGAGUACCUACAGGUUGACGUCCUUGAAGACCUUAUGAAGAAGGACAGCGUGGCAGCCAGUCAGAGACAGCCUCCCAAAAACAAGCCCCAUAACUUCACUAUUGUCGCCAUGGAGGGCUGCCAUUCAUUCAUCAUCCUGGAUUGGGCCCGCCCACUGAAAGGGGAUAUGGUGUCAGGCUACAUGGUUCACAGUGCUUCAUACGAUGAUGUCCUCAACAAUAGAUGGUCCUCUAGAGCCUCCAGCGGGACACAUCUGCCUGUGGAGAAUCUCAAACCCAACUCUAGGUACUACUUCAAAGUGCAGGCCAAGAAUGUGUUUGGUUUGGGACCAGUCAGCGAUACACUCACCUAUGUCACUGAAUCAGACGAUCCUCUUCUCAUUGAAAGGCCACCUGGUGGAGAGCCAAUCUGGAUCCCUUUCACCUUCAAAUAUAACUCCGCCCACAGCAGCUGUAAGGGCAGCCAGUAUGUCAAGCGGACAUGGUACAAGAAGUUUGUGGGCGUGGUUCUGUGUAACUCUCUGAGAUACAAGAUCUUCAUGGGAGACGGUCUUCGAGAGCCAUUUUACAGUAUAGGAGACACAUUUGGACAAGGAGAGGACCAUUGCCAGUUUGUCGACUCCUACAGGGAUGGAAGGACGGGCCCGGCCUACCUCUCUAGUAAUCUGCCCACAGCACAAGGGUUUUAUCGUGCAUACAGACAGGAGCCAGUCACAUUUGGAGUUAUUGGCAGACGUACAUCCCAUCCGUUCGUGGGUUGGUAUGAAUGCGGGGUGCCCAUCCCCGGGAAGUGGUAACACAGGAGGAGGAGGAGGAGACAUUGUUACCAAGGGCAACUGUUCUGCAUCCUGCUGCAGGCUCACACCUUCUCUGGUCCUGCCCUUGAACACAGACUUUUGCCUGCCAGAAGAAAAAGACACCACUACAAGUUUAUUACAGCUUCACAGAAAGAGAAUAUAGUACUUUUAAACAACUCAGUGUAUAUCAUUACGAUGCACUUUUUAUAUAAAGCAGUCUGUAUAUGAGGGAAAAAGAGGCAUGUGUGCUCUUGCUUAGUUUAACUCCUUUCUGAAAGUGUCCUUGUACUAUUCCAAACUGUCCCGAUGACAGGUCCUUACCCAGUGUUAUUUAUCUCAUCAAAUAAUGCACACACAUGGUCAAACCAGUGACAUUGGACCAAAGCACAAGCUGCAAAGAAAACUGUAAGAAUGGGCACUUAGAGUGUGUAUAGGUCUGUUAAUUUUCAGUUGUGAGAUUCGUAUUUCAUAAUGUAAUGGCUUCUGACAGCUACUUUUUGUUUAUUUGUGUUCUUAAAUCAGCAUACAGGUUUUUACACCCUUUUGGUAUUCACCAGAAUUCAUUAAGAGUUACUGUGUAAGUUUUGUAUGUGUACGGACAAAGAAUAAAAGACCAAAUAUUUGCUCAGGAACUGUGGGAGAUUGAAUAAAGGCGCUAUGGAAACCACA